CGUCGUAGUCAACAUUACACAUACCAGAAGUACGUACACACAAACCCUCACACUAGAAGACCGAUCCAUGGCGCCAUCCCCGGCCGCCGCCGUGAAGACGACGAGAGCGACGUGCGUGCUGUUGAUCCUGCUCCUGUUGGCCGACGGGCGGUCGAGGCCCGUGGCUGGGCAGGCGCCACCGGCGCCCGAGGAGGCCGUGGCAAUCGAGGCGGAUGCCGACGGCCGUGGAAACGGCACCCGCGGCGGCGGCAGGAGCGCCGGGACGCCGAAGGAGUUGAGCGCCAUCGACUGCCAGGUCUGCGAGUCGACGUGUCGGGUCAAGUGCCUCGUCAACAACCUCUUGCAGUGGGGCAGCUGCUACCAGCACUGCAAGGCCGACAACUGCAACGAGUGGUGUAGGUAGCCGUCCGUCGAGGUAACGCGCCGACGGAUGCAUGACACGCGCAUGGAUCCUCUACAAGAGGAUGUCCGUUUUCUGCGACUCAUGGUGUUGCUUUGAAUGCAGCAAAUCAGCUGCUCUAUGUUUUCCUUUUUACAUUCAACGAAUUUGUAUACUUUCCACACAAAAAUCUAUUUGUAUAUAUAGUCAUCUUCCAU